AUGAUUCGAACUAUUGGCAGCAGCAGCAGCAAGCCCAUGCUUUCCCGGGCUUUUGGCACCUUCCGGGUGCUCCGUGAUACAACUACCAGCAGCUCUCCUGUCCCCGAGACUUCUAGCUCUUCUCAGUCUUCAUUCCACGCCCAGGAACCUUUGGUUCUUUUCCCCAGCCUGGACUCCAUCUCGCAGGCCGACUUGACUCUGUCCAAGAACUCCAACGGCUCUGCAUGGUACCGUGUUUCUCGCACAAAGGCUAACCAGCUGCCGGUAUACGCUGACGUCCGUGCCAACGGCCACCGCACAACUAUUAUUCGCCGCAUCGAAGGAUCUGUUCCUCUGUUGAAGCAGGACCUGCGCACUGCUUUGGGUCUGGGCCCCGACGACAUUAAAAUCAAGCCCACUUCUGGUCAAAUCAAAAUCAAGGGUGAUCAUGUCAACUCUGUUAAGCGGUUACUUUCAGAGGCCAAAUUUUAA